CUAUGUGCGUGUGCACCCGGAAGUGCCCGUGUGUCUUUUGACGGUGGCUCGGACUCUUCUCCAUUCGUUUUGGAAACAGAAAUGCAGACAGUCGCGUCGAUCACAAGAUAGCCUAUCGAUUAUUAUCACCGCUGAUUAACCGACAGAAAUCAAUCAUGGCGGCCGAGUCGGUGAGUGUGAUCUUCAAGAUCUACUGUCUGACUGUCAUGACUCUGAUCGCCGCCACAUACACGGUGGCUCUCAGAUACACCCGGACCGUGUCACCGCACCUGUACUUCUCCACCACAGCCGUGUGCCUGACGGAGCUCAUCAAGCUGCUGCUGAGUCUGGUGAUGCUGGUCAGGGAGUCUGGAGACUUGGGCCGGUUCAGAAACACAGUGGUCAACCACAUUUUCAAGAGUCCCGUGGAGCUGCUGAAGCUGAGCGUGCCGUCGGUGGUCUACGCCAUCCAGAACAACAUGGCCUUCGUGGCCUUGAGCAACUUAGAUGCUGCCGUCUACCAGGUGACGUAUCAGCUGAAGAUCCCCUGUACGGCCCUGUGUACGGUGCUGAUGCUCAACCGCUCUCUGAGCCGCCUGCAGUGGUUCUCAGUCUUCAUGCUGUGCGGAGGAGUCACGCUGGUGCAGUGGACGCCGCCGCAGGCCACCAAAGUCCAGGUGGAGCAGAACCCGUUCCUGGGCUUCAUGGCGAUCGCGGUGGCGGUGCUGUGCUCCGGGUUCGCAGGUGUGUACUUCGAGAAGGUCCUGAAGAGUUCAGACACGUCUCUGUGGGUCCGAAACAUCCAGAUGUACCUGUCAGGAAUCGUCGUGACCCUCCUGGGGGUCUACAUGACAGACGGGGCCCAAGUCUUGGAGAAAGGCUUCUUCUACGGAUACACGCCGUGGGUCUGCUUAGUCAUCUUUCUGGCGAGCGUGGGAGGAAUGUACACGUCUGUGGUGGUGAAAUACACCGAUAACAUCAUGAAGGGCUUCUCCGCGGCAGCCGCCAUCGUCCUGUCCACCGUGGCGUCCGUCGUUCUCUUCGGCCUGCAGAUCACGGUGACGUUCCUCUCCGGAGCACUGCUGGUGUGUGUGUCCAUCUACCUGUACGGGCUGCCCAAACAAGACACCAGCAAACUGCAGAAGGCCAGUACAAACAAAGAGGACAUGCAGAAACUCAUCGCGGUCUGAUAAAAGAGCUCGGUGGGACAGAGACACUGACCGGCACAUCUCUGACCCUGUGUGCCGCUGAUGGAGCGCUGCUCUGUUGGACAGGGACUGACUACACUACAUCAGGAGGAGAGAGAGGCGUUCUGAUUGGCCGGUGCUGGUGAAGGACUCUUGUUUUUGUUUUGUUUUUCUGUAUAAUUUCAUUUCUAGGUCUUGAUGCAGAAACACUGAUGCCAAACCCUAUACUGAAUGUACUUCAGACAGGUUUUUGUUGAGAUUGCCAAUGUUAUUUGUUCAAGUGUUCUUAAAUAUUGAUGUAAGUUGAACGUAAGGAUCCUUACGGGUCUGGAGAGUCAUUUUAAUGGCAGAGCAAAUGUUGAAUCAUGUGUUUAGGGUACGCCUCGUCAUCCGGGACUGUUUCUGUAUGUAUUUAUGACGCAGAGCUUCAGUUCACUCUUAUGGCCAGAUGUGUUUGCACCCAAACAUCUGACUCCACAGAUGUGAUUGAUUCGGCGCAGCGUCCUCAUAUUUAAAUUCAUAUGUAAUAACAUAUUUGAUUACAUGUGCAUUACAUUUAUUCCAUAUAAAACUUUAUUUGACGUGUUUAGAAAAGAAGAAAGACACUGCAGAAAUGUCACCGGAGCUGCUGACAACAUUGACGCCACAUUUCAAAAUCUAAAAAUGUACAAAAAUGUGUAGAAAAUACUCAUGUUUCAUCUGAGCGGUUCAUAAUAUGUGAGUAAACACAGGCAUCACAGCACUGCGCUUCAACUGAGAACGUUGGAUUCGGCGGUUUACAUGACUAAAAUGUUCCUGAAGAUCUGCUCUACCUCUUUGUACUCAGUUUGAGCUCGGAUGCAGUGCGAACGAUCAAUGGGUAAUGUGGUUGUCAGUGGUUUGGAAAUGAAGGUCCAAGCCAUCCAGCGCUGAUACUGAAGGUCCUCGUGUGCUGCCAGCAGCACUACAACACACUUCUCUGUCUGAUACAGGACAAGAUGGCAUCUAGACAUCUUGUUCUCAGUGUAACGUCAUUUAAAGUUGGGCAAUAAACACAUAAAACAUGA